UUAAACACAGGUAAAAUUUAAGUGUUCUACGUCUACUACAGAGACUGACUAAACACUCUGUCGAGUGGUUUCAUGUUGGACUUCACAAUUUCUAGUUUAUAUUUCCAAAAUGAGCUACUUCCAAGAAUGUUCCGAUCUGAAAGUAAAGGAAAGAGUAUUACAAGUCUAUGAUAAGACGCUUGAAAGCUUUAAAAGUGAUGUGGAAGGUCUCAAAGUGUGGCUGAAGACCCAGCCCCAUUUGCCUCAAGUGUUAAAUGAUAGGCAGAUCGAGAGUUUUUUAAUACUUGGCAAAUGCAAUACAGAGAAGGUAAAGUCCAAAAUUGACAUGUAUUUUACUCUGAGGGCCAGAUUUCCGGACGUUUUCAACAACUGGCAUCCACUUUCCGAAAGGAUAAAACAAGCACAAAGAUAUGUAUGCUUCGUACCAAUGCCCAAACUGAAUAAAGACCUAAACAGGGUCUUUAUAAUGAAGAUCAAACCCACUGACAAUCCCAUGGACAUAGAUGCCUACGCCUGCUUCGCCUACUUGAUGAACGUCGUGGAAAUCAGGUUCCUCGAGGACAUGUGCAGCGGUCACAUCAUCAUCUUCGACCUGGAGAACGUCAAGAUAGGACACGUGGUGAAGAUGACGCCCAUGUUCAUCAAGACCAUAUUUAUAAUAGCAGAAAGGUCUUUGACCACUAGAGCGGUAGCCGUCCAUCUGGUAAACGCUCCCAGUUCCAUAGAUCAGACCCUGUUCAUUGCUAAGACUAUAAUUAAACCCAAACUAGCAGAAAGGAUUAUUGUUCAUAAAGGUACAGAUACAGCAGUGACGUCCUUAGACAAGGACGUCUUACCCUCGGAUUAUGGUGGCAAUGAAAAGUCAUUAGACGAUCUAGAAGCGAGAUUUUUGAAAAAAUUUGAAGAAUAUAAAGACUUCUUCGACCAAAGGGAGCAUUGGAAGGUGGAUGAAGACCUACGUCCUGAGAAAUACGAUGAAGAUGGGUUCUUUGGGUGUUACGGGAACUUCAAACAAUUACAAGUGGAUUAAAUAAUUGAAAAUCAAUUUCAGGAAUAAAUUACCAAACUACUCUUACUCCUAUUUCUGUUCAUUAUAACAUUAAUUAAU